AUGUCAGAUGAGCAAAACCUCGCUCAGCGGACAGCCUCGAGCUUCGAUAGGCUCGAAAACUUCAACUUUCUUCUCUCUCGACACGAUCCCAACCUGGCCAAGAGUCGACAGUACUCCUUUGACGCAGAAUCGACAGCUUUGGCCUCCUUCCAGAACCUGAAUAUGGAUUACGACCAGACCGAGGGGAUGGGCGGCCUUUCCGUCAGUUCGUAUGACAGCAUUGAGGACGAGCGCAGCCCGAUCGAUGUGCGAGGAUAUCCGCAUUAUGAUCAAAUGCUUUCCUAUCCAGCUCACCCACUCUACCCACCUAUCUCAUAUGGGCCCCCGGAUGAUCUGGCGCAGGUCCCCGGGGCCCUGACUCCAUCUGAUGUCUCCUCGUCCAUAUCACCUCCCAACGGUGCUAUCACCAACACCAAAUACAGCACACAGAUUCCUGGCGACCACCUCGCGUCGGCUCUCAAUCAGGAAGAGGGGGUCCGCCGCGCCGCGGAAGAAGACCGCCGCCGCCGGAACACGGCCGCCAGUGCCCGGUUCCGCAUGAAGAAGAAGCAACGCGAACAGGCGCUGGAACGCACCGUGCGCGAGACGACCGAGAAGAACGCUUCGCUCGAGGCUCGCGUGGCCCAGCUGGAGAUGGAGAACCGAUGGCUGAAGAACCUGCUCACCGAGAAGCACGAGGCCAGCUCGACCCGGCUGGUGCCGCCCCCGACCGACAGCAGCGCCUUGACUUCGAAAACAUCCAGCGUCACCGGCCCUGGACAGAAACAUAUCCAGCCCAAAAAGAAGGGUGUGGGCACCGACAGCUGA